ACAACAGUCGCGCGCGGAUGGAGCCAGGCGGAGCAUGAUGCGAAAGCCACCUGCCUAUUCCGGGGCGAGGCAUCGUCUCCCCGGCCACCGCCACCACGAGACUCAUGGCCGUCCCUCCAAUUUCUACCUUUUGCAUGAUGCAUCUAUCGUGCAUGCAUGAACACGCGGCCGGCGCAGCUAGCUAGCUAGCACGUAAACACACUGCACACACCUGCAGGAGGCCGGAACUAAGUUUGCCGAGCGAUCAAACGGCGAGCCGGCGAUCGCCGUAGCCUUCUUCCUCGGCGGCGGUGCGGCCGGCUGCCGAUCGGCCGGGGCAUAUAUGCAAGCAAGAUGGCAAGAUCCUACUACAUUUGCUCCCAUAUCGACCCCCUCGCUCUCUCCCCCAUCCCCGGCAUCGCCCUCGACACGCUCUUCCUCGUCGCCAUCCAGGCCCUCGCCGUCAUCCUCGUCUCCAAGUUCUUCCACCUCUUCCUCCGCCGCUACAACCAGCCCAGCGUCAUCUCCCAGAUCCUCGUACGUAAUACUCUCUCGGCUCAUUGAUCCUCCUAGUACAUUUCUUGAAUUCAUAAUCGAUCGGAUCGUGUGUGUCCAGGCCGGCGUUGUGGUCGGCGGCAUGGGGCUCCGCAGCGCCAUCGUGCACGUCGACGUGGACAACGUGGAGGACAUGUACGGUGGCUACAUCUCCGCGGCGCGCAUCCUGUACAUGUUCCUCGUCGGCCUCGACAUGGACAUCGCCGCGCUGCGUCACGCCACGCACCGCUGCGUCGCCUUCACCUACGCCACCGUCGCCGCCAGCCUGCUCCUCGCCGCCGUCGUCUCCAGCGGCAUGUACGGCAGCAUGAUGCACUCCCCGGUCAAGACGCCCGAGCUGCUCGCCGCCACCCUCAUGCUGGCGCUCACCAACACCUCCUCCAUAGCCGUCGCGCGGAUCGCCGCCGAGCUCAAGCUCACCGUCACCGAGAACGGCCGCCUCGUCGUCGCCGCCGGGAUCGCCACCAACCUCAUCUGCAUCCUCGGCGACGGCGUCCUGUCGUCCACCACCCGCGCCAAGGGCAAGAUCGAGGGCGUCGCCCGCGGCGAGCACCAGAUCAGGAAAGGCUUCCUGGCGCUCGCCGUGGCCGCCGGCGCGGUGUGGAUGGUGCGCCCCGCCGUGACGCGGAUCAACAAGCGCAACGUCGGCCAGCACCACGUCGGCGUCCGCGACCUGGCGGUCAUGCUCCUGGCCAUCUGGUUCGUCGGCAACAUCCCGCAGUUCCUCGGCUUCGACGGCAUGCCGACGAGCUUCGCGCUGGGGCUGGCGUUCCCGCGGGAAGGCGCCGCGGCGAGGUCCGUCGCCGACGCGCUCGCGCCGCCGGUGAAGGGCAUCAUGCUGCCCUUCUACUUCGCGACGAUCGGCAUGAGGAUGAACUUCAACUCCAUGUCGGGCGCCAUCAUCGUGCCCGGCGUGCUCAUUACGCUGCUCGGCCUUUUCGGCAAGGCCAUUGGCGCCGCCGCCGUCGCCUCCUACCUCAGCAUGCCGCUCUCCGACGCGCUCCGCUUCAGCGUCCUCCUCAACAUCAAGGGCCACGUCGACACCAUGAACAUGAAGUUCGCCAAAUCAGAAGGGGUGUGGGCGGAGCAAGCGCUGUACGCGAUGAUCAUCGGCAACUUGAUCAGCACCCUCGUCGCCGGUCCGGUGGUGGCGGUGGUGCGGCGGAAGGAGGAGGAGGCGUACAGGACGAGGCACCAGGCCAUGGAGUCGUUGGGCGCGGAGCAGGAGCUCCACAUGCUCGCCUGCGUGCACAGCGCGCACGCCGCGCCGGGCAUGCUCAGCUUGGUGGAGCUCCUGGUGAGCGAGCCGCAGGAGCAGCCCGCCGUCCAUGUCCUCCACCUGUUCGACGUCGGCGAAGAGCGCGUCGUCCGGAUCCCGUACCACCAGCGAAUCCGUGACGACGACGACGGCGGAGGACGAGACGAACGCGGCGGCGGCCGCGACGCCGUCACGCGGAUGAACACGAUCGUCGACCUCUUCUCCCGCGCCACGGGCAUCUGGUUCCGCCAGAUCGACGUGGUGUGCCGCGGCGGCGCGGCCCUGGACGACGCCGGCGCCGUCUGCCGCGCGGCGGAGGGCGUCCACGCCCGCCUCCUCCUCGCCCCCUGCCACAAGGAGCAGCGCUACGACGGCAAGAUGUGGUGCCGCCUCGGCGGGCGGCGGGAGCUGAACCACGGCGUGCUGUCGCGGGCGCCGUGCACCGUGGGGCUCCUCGUCGACCGCCCCUACCGGAACAGCGGCACCAGCUUCAACGUGCCCAGCAGCGUGGCGGCGGAGGCGGCGGCCACGAGCGGCGGCGGCAGGACGCUCCUCCACCCGUGCAGCGACAGGGCGGUGACGCACGUCGUCGCCGCCGUGUUCUUCGGCGGCGCCGACGACCGCGAGGCCGUGUCGCUCGCCUCCCGCCUCGCCGAGCACCCGUCCAUCGGCCUCACGGUGUUCCGCUUCGUGAAGCGCAGCACGUACGACAGCGUCACCUCCGCCAAGGUCGACGAGCUGGACAUGGCGUUCCAGGAGGGGGACGUCGACGAGCGCUUCCUGUGGAGGUUCUACGAGAGGUACGCGGCGACGGAGAUGGCCAUGUACGUGGAGAAGGUCGUGGAGAGGCCCGCCGACGUGGAGGAGACGCUGGCCGGGAUGGCCGGGAUGUUCUCGCUGGUCAUCGUCGGCCGGGGAGGGAGGCAGCCGCCGGAGCUCUUGGCCGGGCUGGAACGGUGGGCGGACGCCGGCGGCGAGAUGGGCCCCGCGGCGGAGAUCCUCGCGUCCAACGACUCGCUGGAGAUGGGCUCGGUGCUCGUCAUGCAGCAGCACACGGUAGUGAUCAAGCAAUGACACGCAGACGUCAUAAGAAUUAUUGUUGUAAGAUUAUUAAUAGGUUAUUACACACAUGACACAACAGCUUGUGUAUAUUUAGAUUUCUGCGACUAGAAUUUCUUAGAGCUAACUUUUUUUUUCUUACCAUAUGUGGACAUCUCCAAGAUUUUUUAAGUCCAAA